CUCCAAACCAGGCUUUGAUUCCAGAUGUGUCGGCUUCCAGCUUUUUGCUAUGCCUGAUGCCGACCUAUGGCAGGUCGGUCGGGGAGAGCGCGGCCACCUGGGUCAUCAGUGCAGGCGGUGGGCUUCCUGCUGAACCACCGCCUCUUCUCACAGCCCCUGGCACUAGAGCCGCGCGCCAAAGGUCAAGACAAUUUCUUAUUGGUCGGCCCAAAGUUGCCCGACUACCUUGCUCAGUUUCAAGAAGCUAUCGACAUUGUGCUCGAGAACCUGCCAGAGGUGGACUGGCGUCGCUGCGCCAACGGGGAUGCAGCCGUCACGGUGAUGGCACGUCAACUUCGGGCCUGGAAUGGUCCACGAGCGCAGGAUGCCCAGCGGCCCGAGGAGCCAGACGAUGAGCAGGACGUGUUCAUGAACUUGCCACAUCAUGAUGACUACUGGCCCGGGGCUGACUACUUUGUGGUCAGCGAUGCGCCCUACCGCACUCUUUUUUAUCCAGAAGGUCCGGAUGCGGGCGUUCGGCGCUUCCCGGCGCACAGCGUCAUCCGCUACGACGCCCAGGCAGUGCACUCCGCGCCCGGCUUUUGCCCCGCAUCGAUGCCAGGAGCGGCCCCCGUUCUGCGGACCUUCCUGAGGGUGCAUGCCUACGAUCCUUUGUGGAGCAUCCAGCGCCUGGCGCACUUUGCCCCCCUGUUGCAGCCGCCGGGUCCUUCGGAGUGGCGAAGGCCCACACCCUGCGAAGCAGAGGAUGUGGUCAAAACCUGCUUCGACGAGCUGCACCCGUGUGAGCGCUGUUGUGACCUGUCCAAGGGGCCACUGGGAGACAGUGCCUGCUGGGCUGGUUGGAUGAACUACCAGAAGUGUUGCGGCCCAGCGUCCCGUCUCUGGGCCGGCUGCGGCUGGCGGCGAGGUGCUGACCUGUUUGCGCACGAGUUUUUCUCGCUGGAACCACCUCGACUGCACAGCGCUGCGCAAUGCCAGCAGCGGUGCCAGGAAGACUCGGGCUGCGGUGGAUGGACGCACUUCCCAGAGAACUGGGAGCCCAUCGGGUGCAGUCUCCCCGUGGCGGCGAUCCUUGGUCUGCGGAGAGUUUGCGUGCUCAGGAUCACCGCGCAGGCGCCUCCAACCCCUCACGCCGGCCUCAUUUGGGGCCCACGGGACUGUCCAGAGCCAGGUGGAUGCUUGCAGAUCGGAGUCGAUCAGGUCGGCCACGACAUGGCCUUUCUCAAGGAAGUGCCAGAUGCCGCAGCCUGCCGGAAGCAGUGUCAGGACACAGAGGAAUGCCGCGCUUUCACCUACUUUCCUGACAGCUACGUGGGUGACGCCAGCCCUCGCUGUGUGAUGCCUGCGGCGCUGCUGGUUUGGUUUCAGAACCGCUGCCUCUUGAAGAUCGGUGCCACCCUGCCGGUUGAAGAGCCGCAGUGGCUUCCGAUGGGCAAUGUAGUGUCCAGUGGCCGCGGGUGUCCGCCCGCCAGGCCUUGGCUGCGGAGCAACGGCUCGGAUCCAGCAGUGGAUGGGGACUAUCGACGGGAGCACUGUGUCACCAGGCAGCCUUGGCGCCUGGAGCUUGACGCGGCGUACACGGUGACACGGAUCAUGCUGUGGACAGGUGCGCUGUCCACACUGCCCUGGCGGGAGCCGCUGGUCUACGAGGUGAUGCUGGCGGCAGAUGGGGAGGAUAUUUUCUGCGGCCUUGCAGAGGAGAGCCUCGGCGGCCACGCUGUGGUGGUGCACUGCUCGGAGACAGCUGCAGGCAGAGCAGUUCAAGCAGUCAUCGUGCGCAGCGCGGGUGAGGACUUUUCCCUUUGCGAGAUUGAAUUGCAAGUGGCACCCGUACCCUGCAGUUCCUUGCUGGAGAAGGCCUUCACCAUCCACGGCCACGCUGCUCUCUUAUUCCCGCCAGGGCAAGCGCGCCUGUCGGAGCUGCCUGGCGCCGGUGAAGCCUGCGAGCGCACUGGUGGCAGCUUUGUGGAGCUGCAAGGGGGAAAAGUCAUUUGCGUCGAGGCUGGGUGCGCGCCCUCGAAGUGCUUGGAAGACUUCGACGCCCACACCGAGAUUUAUGCGCCCUUGGCCGUGCUGGGGCUUUGGAACCCUAAGUUGGAGAAUGCAGCUCUGGGCUGCGAUUCCAUCCAGCAGGCUCCGAAGGGGCGCAUGUACGAGGCCACCAUUAUGAUCUUCAAUGGUGGCCGUUCGGACGUGGGCGGCGAAGAGAUGACCACGCACUGGUGCUUUUGCGCGCCUCUCAACUGCGCGGACAAUGACGCGGCAGCAGUGGCCACCCGGCUUGUUGCGCGGCAAGGCCUUACAUGGGAGGCUUUGCAGCCCAACUCAGAGGUAGAGCUGCGGAAUGUGCGCGCAUUAGCUCGUUGGGAGGACGUAAAGCUUGAUUUUCUCAUCGCGGGCUUCGCACGCUCUGGCACUCACUCGGUACGUGGCAACCUCAUGCAGCACCCUGAGGUGAAGAUUGCGGAGCAGGAGUUGACCUUCAACUGGGCUGCUCUGCCACAGCAACUGCAGGUUUGGAACUACAUGGCCAACUUCAGGGAGGAGAGCAGGCCUCGCCUGUGGGGUGGCAAAGGGGAAGGUGUGGCGCUGAGUCGGCGGGUGCUCCGGUUGGCCUCCAAGAUCCCCAACUUGCGGCUGAUCAUCAUGGUGCGUGAGCCAGUGGAGUGGCUGGAGUCCUUGUACAACCUGCGGAAGUUCGAGUGCCUCUACCACAAGACGUGUCCAGAGAUUCCCACCCUGGAGGACGUGGUUCUUCACGGGGCCACCUUCGAAGACGUGAAGGCGGAGGACGCCUUUCUGUCCCAGUCUUUGGAGCAGGCCGUCAAGUUCUUCCCACCCUCUUCCGGAAGGCUUCUGCUGCUGGAGUUUGAGCUGCUGCGGAGCCGGCCGAGGGAGGCCUUCGAUCGCAUCACCACCUUCCUGGGCCUCCGCGCCUUCCCCCCGGACUUCGAGUUCUCGAGGCACGCGACGGAGGACCGGCAAGCGUAUGACAGCAUGGGCCAGCGCGAGAGCCUUUGCUCUGAGCGCUUGUUGCCGGUGCUGGAAGUGUUCAAAGAGAGGAUGGCCAGGAAUCAGGAGCAUGCCCGGCUGGUGGCGCUGCUGGCCCAGGCAGGCGCUCCCUGGGUUUCAAGCCGGCUACUUCUCAACCGGACCCACUGCGACUGAUGCGGGGGAAGGGAAA